UUUGUCAAAAUUACAAUUGUCAGAGAAUCAUAACAUUUUUUUCAUGGAAUCUGAUGCAAAAGAAAAGGAAGAAAUAGAUAAAAAAGAACUUUAUUUUCAAGUAUUCCAAAAUAUUGCUUAUGUAAUACACAAAUGCCCAGCGCUAAAAGAAUUAUUUUUAAAUUGGUGCAAAUUGACUCCAAAAGAAAAAAAAAAUUUAAACUAUUUAUCUCGUUAUGUAUUAGAACCAGAACAAUUUGAUUUAUAUGCUCCCAUUAUUGGCGGUUUGAAAUAUUGGAGUGAUGUUCAAGAUACUCAAGGAGCUUGUGGAUUUAGUGAGAGUCCUCUAGAUUUUGAAUUAAAUGCAGCAGUUGAAAAAAGAAUAUGUCAAACAAUUAUAAUAAUUGAUGAGAUGAUAGCGAAUAUGCUGUUAAGGCCUAUGCUAUGCAAAGAUAUUCAGAAGUUUCAUUCGGAUAAUGCUGAUUUCACAGGUCAAGGCGAAGGAUAAACAUAUGAAAUUUUUGUAUUUUCGAUUAUAUUUUUAUGAAUUUCAGUGAAAUAUAUUUGCUUUUAUUAUAAAAA